CAGGGGAUCGGGAGGAUCGGGAGGACCGUACGAGGACAGCGGAUCAGAAGGAUCUUACUAGGAUAAUGGAUCGGGAAGAUCGCACGAUGGAGACAGUUGCAAGCCACCGUCCCCAGGAGGACGGUGAUUUUGAGCUUGAUGGGGAAAGUGCAGUGAGGAUAAUUGAUAGAAGUGGGAGGGCAGCGUGUGAAACAAGUGCUCCGAGGGAAGCCGCUGAAGAGGACGGACAAUCUCUCAUAGUGGACGAGGGGGUGGUUGUACCAUCAGAAUUUGCAUUUGUUGCCGAUACUUCCCACCGGUUUGCGAUCGCCUUCAGGGAAAAUGAAAUGAUUCGCGCCAGAAAAUACCCUCAGCCCAGUCACUCAAGUAACAGCCUGGCUGCGGAUGACGAGACUCCAGGACGGAAAGCCGAUGGUGCUGGUGCGCCCCCUGCUGCGAAGCUCACCAAACCGCGAGUGGCGCGGACGAGGUCCGGUCGAGCUGUCCGCUCCAAAGUACGUCUCUCUACCUCAGUGUCUGAGCCUGACGAGCGACCUGAGCAGCCGGCGCGGACGCCAACCAAACGAUUCAGCCGUCCGCGGGCUGAGCGCGCUCCCUCGCCGUGCGAGGACGACCCGCCGGCAGCUGCGGAGGACCGCCGCCGCAGCGGCUCGGGGGCGGCGCAGCCGGCUCCGCCCGGGGAGGGUGCGCGCGUGCCUCCGCUCGAGUCCGCCGCUGCCCCGGCGGCUCCCCCGGCGGCCCCGCCGGUCCCCAGGCGCAGCUGGACGCCGUGGGCGGGCGGCCGCGGCAAGGGCCUGCUGCCGCGCGUGCUGGUGCGUAUGGACGAGCACGGAGCGCCGCGCACGCUGGCCCUGCUGGCCACCUCCCUGUCGGUGCGCUCGGAGGCCGACCGGCGUCAGUCGCGCUACCCGUGCAUCGUCUGCGAGCGGCCGCAGCGCUCCAAGACCAGCCUGCGCGCCCACCUGGUGUCCCACACGGGCGAGAGGCCGUUCCAGUGCUCCGCCUGCCCGGCCGCGUUCCGGCACUUUGCCAACGCGCGCGGCCACCUGCGCCGGCACACGGCGGCUCGGUGCGCGUGUGACGUCUGCGGCCGGACGUUCCUGCUGCGGGCCGACCUGCGGCGGCACCAGCGCACCCACAGCCAGCGGCCGAAGCUCGCCUGCCACCUGUGUCCGUCCACCUUCAGCCGGGCCGACAACCUGGCCAGACACGUGCGUGUGGCGCACGGCGCCGAGCCGCCGCCCACCCACCGCUGUGACCUCUGUCAGAAGGAGUUCAAAACGGAGGCGUGGCUCAAACAGCACAUGACCAUUCACAAAGCGGCGAGGGAGCACGUGUGCGCCCAGUGCGGUCGGAAGUUCGCGCUGCGCUCCUACCUGGAGCGGCAUCUCAAGUCUCACGGCCAGACGCGCGUCUACUGUGACCUCUGUCCGCGCCGCUUCAUCAACAUCAAAAACCUGACGGUGCACCGUCAGACGUUUCACCGUAACCCGGUGCCCCUGAGUGCCGAGGAGCAGCGGCGGGCGGCCGAGCCGCGUCCCGAGCCGGCGCGCCGCUCCCCGUCCCCGCCGCCGGCCGGCGUGCGGCCGCGGCGUAUCAGCCUGGAGAUCGUCAGGAGCCGCCGGCCGCCGCGCCGCCUCCUCCAGGAGACAGAGCGGGAGGAGGAGCGGGAGGACGGGGAGAGUGAGGAGAGCGGCGGCAGUGAUGAGGAGUGGACGCCCGACCGGCGGUAAGCGCCUCCCUCCCGGCGGGCUCGGUAGUGAUCUCACACUCGCGCGGUACUCUUGACUGUGCUCUGCGUUGUACCUAGUCGAUCAAGAUGUACUGAUACCACUGGCUGUGCAAACUUUUUGACCUUUUUUUACCCCGCUGGUUUAUUUGUUGAUUGGUUGGUUAGAUGAGACACGGGUUCUUCUGGGGGGGGGGGGGGGGUGAAUCUGAUUUAGAUUUUCUUAAUCGGACCCGUAACCAAGAUAGAUGCAUUUUGUGCUGGCCAUAACGAUUGUACUUCAGGGAUAAUAGCCAGGAGGGUUUUGAUUUGUGCGUCAUUUGUGUGUGACUCAGGGAAGGGAUUAGUGGGGAAAGGAUCCGCUCGCUCCCUGUUGGUGAUUGUGCUGAUCACAUUGAAUGUGCGGAUUUGAUUAAAUAUUGAGCGAUAUUUAUGACUGUUGAGUGAUCCAUUGCAGCAUUCUUCCAAGCUAUGAAUGACUGUAUUGUCUCUAUGAAGUCACGGAAUGUCACUGCAGUGGUUGCACUGCGCUGGCCAUGCUAUCUGUUUCUGGUUAACACAUUUAUGACUUUUGGUUAAAAAAAUAGACUGAAAUUAGCCAA